ACCCAAUGUAACUCAACACCUUAUAAACCUGAGCCAAACUGCGACCCUCAUUGCUCAUCCUCACUCUUGUUUACCAUGAUCCUUUAUUUUGCUUCAGCUGUACUUUGCUUUUACAGCACACAUGCGGCCGACGAAUUUGCACAAUUUAAGACGCUUUUAAGAUCGAAGCAUGCGGACCGAGUCCGGCCAAAGAUCGAUCAAAUCGGCAGACAAGCCGACCCGUGCAGGAUUGCUGCUAUAUCCGGACGUCAAGGACAGAACAGUUUAGUUAACAGUGCCGAGAAAGUGUUGAUGAAGAUGAAAAACACUGCUGACAACGUUAGAAUUGGGAAACUGUCUCCCGAGAAGAAAGCAGCCGCUUGUAAGGAAGCCCUCAAUAACUGCAAGGACAGAGAUCUAAAUCGCCGUAUCUGCGCUGAAGCGCUCGCGCAUUACAUGAAGCGCAGAGAGAAGACUCAGAGCUCUUUAGGACGAUCCAGUGGGAGUGCCUGGGACGAGCUGUAUGGGGAAUUGUCAGAUUCACUGACUGCUGACGAGAUCAUGGAACAGUUGGACCUGUGGAACCCUGCUUCUCUAGGUUUACUGAUUGAUAACACCGGCUCUAUGGCUGAUGACAUUGAUCAGGUAUCUAGAAUCACGGAGAACUUCCUGAAAACAGAACUUUACUACGACAACAUUAUCUACAACUUUGUGAUCAUGAGUUACGGAGAUCCUGACUAUCAAGAUCCGACCUCCUAUUGGGAGCCCACUCAAGCUGUGAAUCACAUCAACAAUAAAAUAGUGGCCUCCAUGGGAGGGGACUGUCCAGAGAUGACAUGUCAGGCUAUCGAGCAGGUGUUAUCGUACAGUGACAUGUCCAGCGACUCUCCCAUCUUCAUAUUCACAGACGCUUCCAGCAAGGACUGCACCGAAUCUCUUGUGAGUAGCGUGGAAGAUUGGGCUAUAGAAUUCUAUCACACUUUGAACUUCGUCCUAACUGGCACCUGUGGAGAUGAAGUGGACGGUAACUACACCAGACUGGCUGCUUCUACCGGGGGCAGCAUCUACAGACUCGAGGAUGACGAGCUGUUCAAGAUGACGGAUAUAGUAGCUGAGGCUACAGAGGAAGGUUCGUACAUUGCCUAUGACGACUGGGACGACGACUGGACGGAUGAGUGGGACGACUGGACGGAAGAACCGAUAAGACAAAAGAGAGACACGGAAAGUGAGCUUGACAUAAGCUUCCACCUAAGGAGAAGAAGACAAGCGGAUUAUUCAUACCUUGUAUUCUACGUGGAUGAAACAGUUGGUCGACUAUCAAUAACAGUAAGAUUCGACAAUCACGCAGAUAGACGGCUGCUAGACGGUGUCACAAUUGCUCCAAGACCUGAAGAAAACUGUAACAUUCAAAACCUAGGGACGGGUAGUCGAUUCGGAAACAUUGUCCACUAUGCAGUCCACUGUCCUUGUGUGGGUGUGUGGCAGAUCAAAGUGCCCUACUCUUUUAACAACCCCUACACUUUCUCCGCCAAAACUUUCGGAGAUUUCACCAUAGGUUUUGACGUGGAUUUCGAGACGUCCGCUUCCAGUGGGAACAUUGAGCGGACGAAGGAGCCCUGCGCUGGCGACACGGCUAAAAUUGUGGUGACUCUAACACAGAGAGAAUCCAUUGAUGACACCAGCAAGAUCGAGGUUAUACUUCAUGGCAGAUCUUUAGAGGAAGUCUAUAAACUGGACACAAAGGACACCGAUAAAUGGUUUGUGGAGAUCAGAGUUCCAAAAGUUCCGUUCAAGGUGUUGGUCCGUGGUACCACAGUGGCGGGCAACAUAUUCCUUAGGAUUCGCAACAAUGAAAUUAAACCAACAACAACCUGCCUGAAAACGGAAAUUAUCAAACCGAGCGCAUUCACGAUCAAAGCAGGCAGAUAUACUCGUAUAAUCUUGUCGCUGGAGAACAAGUUCCAGACCGGGGAGUACAAUCUGUGGUGCCUGAACGACCGACUGAAGGACGGGUUUGAGACAAAGAUAGAGAGGCCAAGCAGUGGAGUACACAGUGUCAUUGACCCGGACAGGUUGUACUACAUCUUCAUCAAAGUAACAGCUCCACAAGUUGUUGAGGUGGGACAGGUUGUUAAUGUGUGGUGCAUGGCUAGACGCACUUCUUCUGACAGGGCAACCAAAACCUACCAACUUAUGGUCACCUCUUUCUUUGAUUGAGUAUUUGAAGAGACAACAGACUUAUCUGAAGAUUGAGCAAGACUCAGAUAUGGAGAGAGUUUUGAAUCGAUUUAUAUGACGAUUUAUAUUUUAAAUAUUUAUGCUUCAUGAAUUAUUCAUGUUCGAUUCACAACUUGUUAAUUUUGAUAAAAUUCAUCCAAUUACAUACUAGCUAAUCAGAUUUGGGCCCUCAACUUGAUUCACUUCGAGUGCAGUUCUGAUUUAUUUAUUAGACUGACGCGUUGGUUGGCCGGGUGUUGGUUCACGGCAGGUUAUUUCUCCAUGACCGUGGGAAGAACUCAGCCAUCUCUUGAUUCUAAUUCUAUUCAUUUUUUUGAACUUAUUGGGAUUUUGAGACAGAAUAUUUUUUCUAAAUCAAUUGUUCCAUAAAAUAAGAAUGUUGAUUUAUAAA